UUGCAGGCUCCGAUAAAGCGGUUCUCAGCAAGGGAAAAGUCUGUUACUAUCGGCUCGUUCGUGGUUCAUUUGAAACAAAGCUGGAACGAAAACGGCGUGGCCGGCGUUCUAUGGGACUCGGCGAUCGUACUCUCGGAGUACCUCAACACCCAUGUGGAACUUGUUCGUGAUCGACGGGUACUCGAGCUCGGCGCUGGCGUCGGUCUGCCUUCCAUCAUCGCAGCCAAGCUUUCUGCUAGUAAGGUGCUGGCCACGGAUCAGCCUUCAGCGAUAUCCCUACUCAGAGAGAAUCUCAUCGCAAAUCUGCGUGAGGAGGAGAUGACGGCUGCAAGUACUGUACCUCUUGACUGGACAGCUCUUCCUGAAGAGCCCCUGUCGGCAGACAUCAUUCUGGGCGCUGAUCUGGUUUAUAAUGCGGAAGUUUUUGAAGCUCUACGGGAAGUGAUGGAGAAAUUCAUUACACCUAGUAAUUCAAUGCUGAUGGCAAGUAAGAUUCGCUAUCCCAAGGACAAACUCUUCUUUGAAACUUUAAGGGACGAUUUUGAUGUCACCCAGGUACAUUACAAUGAUGCUACCGAUGUCGUUCUAUUUAGAAUUUCAAAAAUUAAAAAGGAAUUAUGA